GAAGAACCGUCUCUGGGUACUGUGGGUCAACAAGAUGACGAAAACAGCGCCGAAAGUAGCGGAGACGAACGGGACGGGCAAGGCAGGGAAGCCCGUCAAAGAGAAGCGAAGGAAUAAUGAAAAACGCAAGGAGAAAUCACGUGAUGCAGCGCGCUGUCGGCGUUCGCGCGAGACGGAGAUAUUCCAGGAUUUGGCCAGUUUGCUCCCGAUGCGUCCAGAGGAGGUUGAGCAUUUGGACAAAGCGUCCGUGAUGCGUUUAUCGAUUGCAUUCCUCAAGGCGCGCAACAUGCUGGAACUCUUUCCAGAUUUGCAAGCCGAAGGGAAAAUCAAAGUCAAGGAAGAUAACGACGUUUCAAUGGAUUCGAUGGAUGAGUUUAACCGCAAUGAAACUAAGCUGAGCCUGAAAACUCUUGGUCUGGAACCAGAAACAAUAGCGCUGCAAACCUUGGACGGGUUUUUGAUUAUUCUCUCGGCUGAUGGCGACGUAACGUACAUUUCGGAAAAUGUCAGCGAGCACCUUGGCAUUUCACAGAUCGAUAUCAUGGGUCAACCAAUCUGGGAUUACAGCCAUCAGUGCGACCACGCCGAGUUGCGGGAAGCUCUGAACGGGCGUCACCACUCGCCGUCGGAGCUUCUGAACGGUGUGGCGAACAGCGAUUGCCGCCCGAUGGAAAAUCGUGAUUUCUUCCUGCGGUUGAAGUGCACCCUGACAAGCCGCGGUCGCAGUGUCAAUAUCAAAAGCGCCUCGUACAAGGUGCUGCACGUAACCGGUCAUAUCGCGUGCACAGAUAAGGAGGGUCAGCGUCAGCUGGUAGCUAUCGCUCGUCCUCUUCCGCAUCCGGCAAACAUCGAGGUACCGCUUGGGUCGAGCACUUUUCUCACGCAACAUACGCUGAGCAUGAAGUUCAGCUACGUUGAUGACAUCAUGCUUUCGCUGCUUGGAUACCAGCCCUCGGACUUGCUCGGUAAAUCGUUGUACGAUUGCCACCAUGGCACGGAUGCAGAGCAUUUGAUGGCUACAUUCAAGCAUGUUAUCAGCAAGGGACAAAGUGAAACAUGCCGCUACCGUUUUCUGGCCAAGACCGGUGGCUAUGCUUGGGUCGUCACCCAAGCCACCGUCAUAUACGACAAGCAAAAACCGCACAGUGUUGUAUGCGUCAACUACGUCCUAAGUGGUGUGGAGAACAAAGAUGACAUUUUAUCGUGUGCACAACUGGAAGCACGCCAGCAACAACGUUUGUCAGACGAAACCGAACAGUGUGCCGAAAGCGGUAACAAUAGUGUCGUGUGUAGCAGCGACCAGUUGUCAGUUGCACAGCGUCCAGCAGCGAUUUCCCUGCCGUGCGUCGCCAGCGCUGGUCUAGAGCAAGUGAAAGCGGAAGAAACAAUACCAAUCCCAGUGCGUGCGUGCAUCGCUGACCCAGCGUACGUUGAACUUAUCGCCGCUAACAGUGCUGAACAAGCGGAACGCAUCGAGUCAGCCGGUGGAAAGGUGUUGUUGUGUGUGAAGAAGAACGAUUCGUCGGCGGCAGUGUCGAGUGAACCGGUGGUGCAGCGCUCUCGAAUCUUGCGCGAGCUGAACAGCAUCCCGACCGUGCCGAAACCAACAUCAAGCAGCCGUCCAGUGUCCGUUACGGCGUCAAUCUUUACCAGCCUUCCGGCUGGAGCGUGCGGUUCCGGGGCGGAAAAGUCACGUGCUUUUGCCAAACCAACGGUCAACAGUACGGUACCGUCGGCGAUCGCACCACCACCACUGCAGUCCGUUACGGCGAAGCUGUUCGUGACGCUUCCUCCGACAGCCGGUGGCGCUAAUACCGGUGGAGCCAGCGGUAGCAAACCUCAGCACGCCACCGAAAAAAUAUUCGCCCCACGGACGGAAGAUAUGAAUAAAGGAUUCUUGAUGUUCUCCGAGGAAGAGCCUGGAUUGACCAUGCUUAAAGAUGAACCGGAUGAUUUAACGCAUCUGGCACCGACGGCGGGUGACGCUUGCAUUCCGUUGGAAGAAUCUGGCACCUUCUUCAAUGAGAUGUUCGAGGAUUUCAUCAUACCGGACAGCUACACGCUGCUGCAGGACGAGCUGUGUUCGCUCGACUCGCAGGACACACGGCUGGAAGCGUCAUCGAUAGUGGUACAGUCCGGCACCAUCGGCAUCCCGGUAUCGGUCAGCGACAGUCUCACCAAUAGCCUCACCACCGUGGCCUCGUCACCGCUGGGCUGUACCACGUCCGGCACCGGUGACGGUGUGCCGUCGCUCGUGAUGCCCAGUUCCGGUGCCGGCGCAAAUGGCAGUCAAACCCACCAGCGCCACCAUUCGCCAAACUCCAACGCGUCGUCCUCGUCGUCACCGUCGUCCGUGUCGUCGUCACCCGUGCCAUCAUCACCGAGCCGAUCCCACAUUUCGUCCAAUCCCAACUCACCCGCCUCGGGUACGUCCGGGCUCGGUUCGUCCGCUUCCAGCACGGUUUCGUCCGGUGACGGCCGUCGGCAUUCGACCAUCGGCGGCACCAAUCAACAUAACGCCACCAGCAACGACCCCUUCAUCAAUUAUCGGGACGAGGUGAACGAAGUUAGUCCGUCGCCGCAUUUACUGUCGCCUGGCAUAUCGAAGAGUCCCGAGAGCAGCAGCCUACCGUCUCUGUGUAGCCCGAACGGUUCCCUGCCAGAAGAUGAACUUGCAUUUAUGAGCCUUAACAUGGACGAGCUCGAUCUGUCAAUGCGGGCCCCUUACAUCUCCAUGAGCGAGGUGGACGAUCUGCCGCUGCUCACCUCGGACGAUCUCCUAUGGGGUGUACCGGCAGCCACGAUCGAAGGCAACCAUUCUGGCACGUCCAUCAGUGCGUUCGGGCUUUCGGGGAAAUUCUUCAUCAAAGACGAAUUCAACGCACUUGGAACAUCACCGAACGGUUCGUCGGACAGCAGCUCCCUGGUAGAGCAACAGGAAACAUCGUCCGGCGCAUUGCAUACGACUUCACAGCACACCCUGGACAAAAAGCACAGUCUCCUCAUCAGCGGAGUAGUCGACACGGUACCGGCUUCAAAUUCCUCCCACGCCUCAAACACAAGCAACAGCUCCAUCGAACUACCCGCACACAACAGCAAUAAUGACAGUAAAUCAACGCUGACUACUGCACCCCCACCGUCAAUCGACUCUAGCCUGGCGGCCCUCCUAUGCGGUGGAAAUGUCAUCAGCAUACAAUCGGAAACGUCCAACGUGUCGCCACAAUCGCAGUCCGUCGGCAAUCAGAUGCUGAUAGCGCAUACAAAUGCCGGAAACCAGCAGGAACAGCAUCGCCACAACAACAACCAGCCACAACAACACCUCCACGAGCAGCAGCAGCUGCAGCUAAACAGCGCACAACAGCGACAAGAAACGGCACCAAAUGGGAAGCGCAUCAAGCUUUCGGAACAAAACCUCCUUCAACACUCCAUGGUUGUGCUGCCAGCAAACGUAAAACUAUGUGAAGCAUGGAAGUUCGACGAUUUGUUACAGCUGAACGGAACCGUUGCUACCAAUGCGAAAGGAACCACGCAACAAGGCAUCGUACCGCAGACAAACAUUAUCGCAUCGUUCGUCACUACCGCGACGAAAAAGUCCACCGGUACGGGCAGUGUGAAUGGAAACAAUAAGCGCACCCUAACCGGUGUUAGCGAAACUACCGGUGACGGAAACGGAAACAACUGCAAGCGUCUCAAAUCGUCCAAUGCGUCAGGAACGCCAUCGUCAGCGCCGCAGCUACUGCAGCAACUAAUGGCCCCCUCACCGGUACCACAAAAGCUAAAGUCCAAGUCGCGAUCAUCGCAGGAUGGUGCCUCGGGUGGACGCUGGCCAAACGGUCACGCGGGCAACAACGGUGGACUGCUGCAGGAACAGUCUGGCAAUUCGGUGCUGAUGAAUCUGCUCGUCAGUGGUUGCGAUCAAACCAUCCCCUUAACUCCACCGGAAGUUUUAAUCGAGAGCGCUAUGGAACUUUCCUCCGAUGGCAAUGCAAUGCAGUGUGACAACACGUCCGGUGACAUGCUUUUCAACCUUGGUGACGAGGACGACAGUGGCGUAUUGUUCAGCUCGAUCAAUCCACUGAUCGGUGGCCAAAGACCGCUGAACGAUCCGAUCGCGCGUCCACUCACGAUCCAGACGGAUUCCAUCCUUCCGGCUACGAACGGUAGUGGCGUACAGGGUAACGGUGCCCAGCGCUUCCGUGCCUCCGGGGAAUUAUUCAACACAUCUUCAGCUACCUCAAACCAGCCAGCGGCAGCAACAGGCGCAUCCACGAUGGACGAAUUUUCGAUGAUCGUUUCUCCCAGCUUGCUGACACCGACCGAUAUGGAAAUAUGGCGCGCCAUCCAGCAGGGUCAGCUCGAUCCGAAAAAGAUUCCAUCACCGUCCGUGUACGGUGCUGCGGCUGGCGGACACAUUCCGAAGUCGCUGACCAGCACACCGACCGCACACCUAUCGGCCGAGCUGCUCGGUGGCGAUUCUUCCGAGGUCAAUCUGCUUGCCGCACUGGGCGGUGAGCUGGACAGCUUGGACGGACUUGGAGCAACCCACGGUGGCCGUAUCGGUGCGUUCCGGACGAUUGCCGCAAACGAUGACGGUGGGCUACACCAGGGGAUGCUGAUUUGAUUACUGGAGACCCUUUAAGUUCGUUCGUUUGUAUCGGUGUUUUAAAGCAUUUCUUUCGUACGGUUUUCAGUUUUGCAUUCAUUAUUUUACCAUAAUUUCGUAAUCCAUGCAUACUUUUCAAAUGGGAAAUAUUUUUGAUUGUUUCUAUGUUUUGUUUCGUUUACAUAUUUAAGGAAAGUUAAGUGCAAGAGUGUUGUCAAUAUCUCAAAAAAGUGCGUUCUUAUCAGAUCGGGUGAAAAAAAUCGAUCGCUAAUUUGUGGAUUCUGCAAAUUGCUAAAAACAAAACAAAAAAACAAACUCAACUUCAACAAGGUUUCAGAGAAUGCAAAAUAGAGCUUACAGAAACGGCACAUAAUGAGUAUCCUAAUGAGUUGAUGCGUACAAAUAUAUUAGGACGAACGAAGGUGUUCGUUUUAUGUGUGUCUUCUGCUACAUCAAUGAAUUGGUUGAACUACCCAGUUGGUCAAUUUUCUAACCAUUUCUUUUGUUUGUUCGCUACCAUCCUCAUAAUGCCAGUAAACAAUGUAAUACGAAGAAAAGUACAAGAAUAGCUGAACGCUUCACGAAAUAAAUCCAACUAGCUCAGUAAGAAGAUUACGUUUUGUCGAUGGCAAUUAAUAUUUGCCACAAAGAUAGAACAAAUGUGACAUAUAAAUGUCGUGUAUUUGUAGCGACCUGCAAAGGAAAGGACAGACGACAGUGAACAAGAGUACAAUUUUAUAUCGAUGUAGUAAGAACUAUUGAAAUAGGAAACCCCCUUCAUGUAACGUGUAGUAGUUACCUCUAUGUCCAACUUCAACAACCUAACAUUUAGUGCCCCAGGAAGGACAUUUAAACAUUCAAAAACCUUGAAUUACUGACGUUUGUGCUUUUUUUGCAUUUCGUACAAACAUUUUCUACUGACUUACUCUAUACAAAUGCACAAAACCAAUUGUGCAAAAGAAACAAACAUUUAUUACAAAUACGAAACAACAACCUUGUGCGGCGGUUUAGCUAUAGACAGAGGAAGAAAGAGAGUAUGUAGUAGAUAAGAUGGUGGCAGACAAAAUAUGUUAGAUUAUUAUGUUAGCACGUGUUUGUCACAGGUUUCCGUACGCAAAUGUACUUCAAUUAUUCAUUCAAUUUUUUGCUCUACUCUUUAAAAUACGGAUGAACGAUCGGUCUAUAUGUAAAUGAUUUCUUUUCUAUCCAUAUGCACACCGCUACUAUUUGUUAAAUGGAACUAUUGCAAUGGUAUCAUAUGUAUUAGCACUAUUUAGAA